GGUGCGGCCGGCCCGAUGGCCGCCGUGUUCCUGGUUACGCUGUACGAGUAUUCGCCGCUGUUUUACAUCGCCCUGGUGUCCGUCUGCUUCCUCGUCACCAGCGCGCUCGUCCUCGGCUGGUUUGGUUUGGGUGUCCCUGUUAUUCUGAGGAACUCAGAAGAGACAGAAUCCAGCACAAGGGUAUUGAAAAAACGGAUGAGACAAGUGAAGAAUCCUUUUGGGUUGGAGAUCCAUAAUCCUGCUACGGCUUCAGUAACAAGGGGUGUGACACUGACACCAGACUGCCUGGAGGAUUGUGUCCUUACCUGCUACUGGGGCUGCAAUGUCCAGAAACUCCACGAAGCACUGCAGAAACACGUCUACUGCUUCAGGAUAAAGACUCCUCAGGCAUUAGAGGAUGCUCUCUACAACGAAUACCUCUACAAACAACAGCACUUCAUUAAAAAAAAUGACAAGGCAGAGAAAUAUUGUCAGUUACCAGAAGAUGCUCAAGUUGUGGAUUUUGGCCCCGUGCCUAGAGCUCGCUAUCCCUUGGUAGCAUUGCUGACGUUAGCAGAUGAAGAGGACAGAGAAAUAUAUGAUAUUAUUGCAAUGGUGGCUGUAAUUCACCUUCCUGAUGAAAGCUACAGACUUUCCUGCCGAAUUUUGUAUCAGUAUCUCCUCCUAGCUCAAGGUCAAUACCAUGACCUGAAGCAACUCUUCAUGUCUGCAAAUAGUCCUGCACCCUCCUCCAGCGAUACCUUCCCUGGUGAGAGCAGCACUGACAGAGGGCUGCUGGAAAAGGCUGGGCUGGCUGGAGAUGAACCAGAAUUGCAGGAAGAAAACAGCAAAGACUGUGUUGUUUGCCAGAAUGGCCCCGUGAACUGGGUGCUCCUGCCCUGCAGACACACGUGCCUUUGUGAUGGCUGCAUCAAGUAUUUCCAGCAGUGCCCAAUGUGCAGGCAGUUCGUGCAGGAGUCUUUUCCACUUUGCAGCAAAAAGGAGCAAGAUGAGGAUGAAUCGACCCAUGUCUUGCAAGAUGUUCUUCCUGGAAGAGUUUUUUAACGGGAGUUAAAAAUAAAAGACCUGGGUUGCGUGCACUAAGAUUAAAUGUGGAAGCCAGACUAUUUAUGGGAGGAUAUGUAGUGUUAACUUGUAGGAUUUUGCUUUUUAUUUUUUUUUUGUUGGGUAAUUUUCAGCUUCCUUAUUUUUCCUCGCUCCAUAUGCUCUCAGGAGCGCUGCUUACCCGUGCAAUGUGGACAGGAGAAGUGCGUAGGAUAUCUCUGAAGGAUGUGAUUUUAUUUAGAACUGCUUCCUAGAUUUUCUUGGAGCACUAUUGGAGGCUAUUUUGACUACUAAAUUUAGGCUGUCUACUAAAAAAAGAAUAAAACUUGCAAGUGCAUUUGCACAAGGCUCAUUCUAUAUUUAUUGUGUUUAAAAUGCUAGAGCCGUAUAUCGUUUUAACUCGGUAUAAUUUAGGAACUUAGCACUUUACAGAAUGUACCAUAUGAAGGAAAGUAAAUAUUCUUCAUCGUUAACCCUGUGUGUGUUUAUUAUUUAGCUGAAGGUUGGACUGUGGCAGGAGCUGGGGGUUGAAGGUGUGGCUCAGGACACUGUUUCUGGCUGGUUUGAAGGAUUUGUGUGUGAGGGACUUCAGCCAAAGCCCCUUGGAAAGAUUUUUGUUGAUUAUUCUUGAACUACAUGUUGCUGACAGUUUCAAGCCUGAGGCCCUGUGAUGACAUCUUGAGACACAGACUUUCAGUCUUGUUGGCAGUGCUUGUAAGAACUCGUUCUUCAUGCAAAUGUUGGUUAAUCACUCUCCAGAGUGGUGGCAGUUUUGUGAUGCUUUGAGGGAUUUCCAUCUCCUUUCAUUUUCAUGGUCAGAUUGGAUGAGCAGUAACAAGUUAACCGGUUACCCUUAUCAAUAGUCCCACGAAAUGUACCUGCUCUAACAAAGGAAGAAGCUAAAGAAUAGCAGAAAACUAUUUCCUUUCACUCCAGUGGUGUGUUGUCAAAAGCAAUAAAAUUGGUUGUUAAGA